ACUUGACCAACUUGACCUGUUUCAAGAGAGCCUAGACCUUUUUGAAAGCUCUGUUGCUCCUAGUGUUUCAAAUACUUUAUCCGAAAGUAAUAUGGAAUGCUCAAAUUUAACUUCGAGAGGUAGUACUGUUAUAGACGAAGAGAUUGAUACCCACCAAAUAGAUUUAGUAGAAUCCGUCUCGGAGGUCGAUUCAUCCAAAAAUAAGGAUUUUGAAAACUCGAGUAAGGUAGAUAAAGUUGAGGAAGCUUCAAAGAGGUUGAUUUCGGUUUUUGAAAGUGAAGAUUCUGAAGAUGACUUUGAAAGUAAAAAGGAACAGGAAGUUUUGAAAAGCGAAAGCGAAGAUGAAAAGCAAGAUGAUAUGCUUCAGGAUGAAGUGAGCGAUGCGGAAGUAGAGGAAAGUAUUCGUGAGAGUGAAAGAAAGAGAUUAAUAAAGAUUCACAAAAAAAGGCGAAAGUCCCGUUCUGUAGAAGAUUCAGGAGAAGAGGAACCUACUGAAAAUCAUAAUAAGAAACCCACAAUUUUUGAACAGUCUCUUGCAGAACUGAAAGGGAAGUCUAAAGGAAGAAAAAAAAAUUAUGACAGUGACGACACCUCAUUAGAUGAUAUGGCACGUGAUCUUCUCCGCCAAAUGGACGAGGCGGCAGAGCUGGACAGACAGGCCAAUUCUAGUGGUCAGCCGGCUUUGGAAAAGUUAAAACUUCUUUCAGAAGUUCAGAAAUGGAUAAAAAAGAAGGACGGUUAUCAGUUUCUUAUAGAGAAUGGAUUCUUUAUUUCGUUAAAAAACUGGCUCAUGCCCUUGCCCGACAAAUCUCUUCCUUCAUUGGUCAUUCGAAAUGCAAUAUUUGAUUCUCUUUCGCUCCUGGAAAUGACGGAAACUUUUAUUGACCAUCUGAAAGAGUCUGGUUUGGGCAAGAUGGUGAUGUUCUAUAGCAAACAUCCAAAAGAGAAUGAAAAAACUCGCAUGGCCUUGAAAAAAAUGAUUCAGGAAUGGCUACGUCCAGUGUUUAAAAUAAAAAGUUCUUUUAAAGAACUGAGCUCGGAUGAACGCCUCGACUAUAAAAGCCAAGAAAAGCAGCAAGCAAUACAUCCAAAGGCUGAAGUCCAUAAAUACAAAAAGAAGCAAGAAGAGGUUAAGAGGCCCAAGUUUGGGGAGCCCGGAUUUGUCAAAAGAGCUUUGGUCCCCAAACCUUCGUUGAAGGAUUAUUAUAACAGCCCGAAAUCAGUGGACGAGUCUUCUUUAAAAAUAUACAAAUGCGAUCCUCGAACCAAAAAGUUUCGCAGCUUGGCAAUACGGAAAAAAUAAAUUCGGUAGAGUAUGAAAAGUAACGAUUGUAUGG